AUGGUAGACAAAUAUUUUACUUCUCAUAAGUUAUCCAAAAGUGCUAAUGGAAAGAUUGUUAGCUCAAUUGUCUUGGACAGUAAGUUUUGGCAAGACUGUCUUACCACUGUGAAAAUUGUUGGUCAUCUUAUUAAGUUGUUGAGGCUUGUUGAUGCUGAUGAAAAACCCUCUUUGGGAAUCGUGUAUGAAGGCAUGCAAAGAGCAAAAAAUGCUAUCAAGACCAUGUUCAGAAAUCGGAAAGCUGCUUAUAUGCCAUACACGAGUAUCUUGAAAAUGAGGUGGGAUAAGCAUUUGAAGCGUGAUCUCCAUGCGGCAGCGUACUUUUUAAAUCCGGGCAUUUUCUACAGUGAGGGUUUUGUUGAGGAGGCAAAUGUUUUGAGAUCUUUACUUGAUUUGCUUGAUGUUGAAAUACUUUGUGAUGACUCAGUUGCUGCAAUGCAAGAGAUACAACUGUAUCGAGAUUGUAAAGAAAGUUUUGGGAGGGAAAGUGCUAAGAGAGCAGCAUCAAGACUCGAACCUGGUGAAUGGUGGAGGCUACACGGUGGGAGUGCUCCUAAAUUGCAAAAAAUGGCAAGGAGGAACCGAUUAGAGCAUCAAAGGCUAAAUGACAUUGUUUAUGUCACCUAUAACCUACGCCUUCAAUCUAGGUUGCAUCGAAAGAAGAGGAAUUAUGACCCAAUUGACAUUCAAAGCAUUGACACAGUAGAUUUUUGGGUGAUGGAAGAUGAGGAUGAUCCUGAAUUUACUAAUGGAGAUGUUGAAGGCAUUGAAAGUUUAAUAUACACUGAUAAUGCUAUGCCUUCGUAUCCUAAUAUUGAAGUGGAUAUGCUUGAUGUUGUAAUUGAAUCCUCAAAUACUUCUUUUGGUGGUAUUUCUGAAGAUGCUGGCUUUGGAUUACCUGUUUAUGAUGGAGACAUCAGAACACUUAAUGAUGAUUAUGACUUCUGA